GUCCCCCCCUCCAAAAGGUUGGAUCUCAACUCUAGCUUCUCUUCUCCCAACGUAUCCAAAAACUUUCAUGUUGAGGACCAAUCAACGAAGCGUCUAUGAUAAUGUGGAAUUGCAGGAGAAAAUAAUACGAUUAGAAGCAGAAGUAUCGGAACUAUCACAAACAGCUUGUUCAUUAUCAUCAAGAGUUGAGGAGUUGGAUAAUACCAAAUGUGCUCUACAAGAAGCUCAAGACUUAGCCCAGAGUGUUAUAACUAUGCAUGAUACUAUACAUAUCUGUAAAGAGGCACUAGCUACUAAUAACAUUGAUGAUGCUGCUAAAGCAAUAGCCCGGAUUAGAGAGAUAAGACGUAUGUAUCCUGAUAUAUACAAGGUAUGUGAUAAUGCAAGUCUUAAAGAGGCUAAGAGACUUGAAGAUGAGGUAUGUUCAUUAGUACGUAAAGCGUUUGAUAAUGCUAUUAUAAGUGGAGAUAAGGAUGGUGUUAGUAAAUGUGGUAGGUUAUUCUAUCCUCUAGGCAUGACCACUGAAGCUGUUGCAAGAUAUGUAAGGUUUAUAAGGCAGACUCUAGCUGCACAAUGUAAACAAAAGCUUAGUUCGGUAACAGCUACUACUACCACCUCUAAUGAUGCAUCAUCAUCAUCAAGUAGUAAUGUCAUUAAUGAGAAGUAUGUUAAUACUCUUACGGAUGUAUUCCUAGCAGUAGCUGAUAUCAUACAAGAUCAUCAGAGGAAUAUAGAGGAACAGUUUGGCCCAAUAAACUUUAUAAUGGUCUUGAGAGGGUUACAAUCAGAGGUAGAUAUACAAGCUAUUGCUGUAAUCAAACGUUUAAGAGAAUCUAGAAGUAUUACUACUAUUAUGGAACAUUUUCAAACUAUUGCAGAUGAGUGUAUUGACAACAAUGAUGCAUCAUCCAUUGUUGAUGAGAUAGAUCUUGGAGAAAAAGAUGCUGUCAUUGAUGAGAUAUGCAUCAUAGCCCAACGAUGUAACCAAUUCGAUCAUUAUAUUCACAAUAUAAGUCGGCAGGUAGUAGCAGAGUUAGGGAAUGAUGAUAAGAGGAGAUUGAUGUAUGGGGAAGUUGCUCCUGAUGAAAAGGACUACAACGAGGAUCAUCAUCAUCAUAAGAGUAGGAAUACUUAUGGAGAGGAUGGUCUGCCCAUUAUGACUGAUUUAACUGAGUUAGUACAAGAACUAAUGGGAGAAUAUGUAUUAUAUGAGAGAUCCUUCAUUAUAGUAUCUACUAUUAAAGCUAUCCAUGAGGAUAGAAUUGAUAUGGAUGAUCCACAACAGAUGACUUCUAGUGUAGUUGAUGAUGUAUUCUUUGUAUUAAACAAAGCUAUAAGAAGAUCAUUAUCAAGUGAUGAUAUUGAUUCAGCAUGUGCUGUUAUGAAUCAUAUAGUACAAGUCCUGAGUAAUGAAUACAAGACCAUAUGCCUUGAUAAACCAUUACAAGAAUCUAAGAGGAACUUCUCAUCAUUCUUAGCACAUAGGGAAUAUAUAAUGGAAGCUAUUAAUGAUGAUUCUACUGCUGCUGCUGCUGGUGGUGGCGGCCUUAACAAUCGUACCAAGGGAAUGAUGCUUAUUGUUGUUGAUGUAGGUAUAGAGAGAGUGAUGGCGAGACUCCAUUAG